UCAAAGCGAACGCACGUUAUAAUCUCGCGGACUAUCGAACUUUGCGAUGUAAAUAAUAAUAAAACAAUUUAUAUAUUAUAUUAAAAUAGGGUCAUAUUAUGUGUGUUUAGUGUAAUGUGAUUUGUCCGGAUAAAACUUUCAAUGCCCGUAAUAAACACGAAAGCGAUGUGGUCGCGAAAACAGUCAGUGUGCAGCGCUGUCAGUGGCGUCUCAAAGGGCGACGACCAGGAUGCUCAUCUACCGGCUGGUUUGCGGAUAUAUCCCUUCGCUAUUGCAUUACGAGUUAGAGUCUUACAGAUAGUUUGCGGUAUCGGUGGCCUUGUUGUUGGAGCAGUUGGGUGGUUAGAAGAGCGACAGAAACCUGAACUAGGACUUGGUGUACCAGCUGGAGCCGUCACUGUUCUUGCAGCUGCGACGUCUGUAUACUACAGCCGGGGAUUUGGCGGUUGGGUGUCUGCUAAAUCGAGAACUACAAGAAAUUGGGGAACUCCUUGGAGAGCCUUAGGACCUUCGCCGUGUGCUGCUAUCCCGCUGACGUUAUUAUGGACUGUUGCGAUCACUGCUCAUGUAGCAAUGCUUGCUUUCUGCAUCAGGUCAUUGAUGAAUUUUGGAUGCAGUAGCAGAACUUGUAUCGGAGUGGCGGCAGCGCAGUUAGCUGUGUCAAUAACUACUCUAGCAGCUGCCGUGUUUUUGUUCCAAUUGGAUCUACGCUUUGAUGCUGCAUUUUCACCGCCGCGGCCGUCUGACGCCAACAUUUGCACAGCAGUAUCGAUGGUUCCAUUAACCUCAGUGGCGAUCAACAGCGGAAAUAGCGGAGAUGGUGGUCCAGAGGGAAGUCCUCUCAGCAAGGAGAAAGUCCAGCCGCCGGAUCCUCCCACUUGAUGUAAUAACUCGAUGGACUCUUAAGGAUUUGUGAA